UCAGAGGUGUAUUAAUGCGAGUAAAUUGAUAGCCUGCCAUUUUUCGCUUUCACUUUCUGCCAUGACAACUACCCCCCCCGAUCAUUAAUAAAUAAUUAGCGAAGUUAAUUAAACCUUCGACUUAACGUUAGCUAACAGCGCGAGAUGAGGGGGAGUAUCAGUUGCAACUAACGUUGUGUUGAAUUUCUCUUCGGUUCUUCAGGACGGUGGAUAUAAAAGGUGAUUCCUAUCGGACAGCUUUCAGAAUGCCAGACGUUGAACCGCUCAGAUUCCCCUCAAGGGAAGGACGACCACCUCAACAAGAUCAAGCAGAUCUCCAAGGCGUCUGCUCCGGUCGACGUCGCACAUGUGCUUUGCUCAACAGUCCCUCACCAUGUGUCAACAGUGCUAUUUACCAUGUCCAAGAGCUAAAGAUCACUGUGGAGAAUUGGCUCCAACAGUCUGGAAAAUACCCGAUCGAUCACGACAAACACCAUUACAACAAAGCUUUAAGAUUUCAGUCCAGAGACUCAGAUACCGAUUCAGUGAUGUCUACAGAGUUGUUCGUCGAAGGCAUCGCAAUAAAUGCAAAAGUUCAUCGUCCUCUAGAAAGUUGCCCUUUAUCACCAUUAUUGAAGAAAAUAAAUGAUGUCCUUGGAGAGGUUGUGUAUCUGAUUGAGCGGCUCGAGGCUGAUCGGCAGGACGCAGAAGAAGCGCUCAACAAAGAGAAGAGAAGAAAAAGAUUUCUGGAGAGAAAAGUUGAGAGUAUUUCACUAUGGAAACAACAAGAGAACGCCUUUGUAUUGCAAAAAGAGCAUGAGGCUUGCAUUAGAGACAUCACUGAACUGAAGAAGCAGCUUAAACUGGAAAGAGAAAAACUUAACCAAGCCCAGGAGAAACUUUCACACACUGAGAUGUGUAACCAGAGCUUACACGAGGACAUCAACUUUGCUAAAAAGCAAAUACCCAUUGUGAAGGAAAAUCUGGAACUCCAGAGAGGCAUCAUAAAAGAAAUCAACACUGCACAAGCUGAGGCUGACGAAGUUUACUCCAACACACAAAAUGAUCUCACACUUGUGCAGAGGGAAUUAAAAAAGAUGGAGCAGGACGCAAGCAAUGAAAAGAUAUCACUGGAUAAUAUACUGUUGGCGAUGAAGAAUCAGCUUGCUAACAGAUUGGAAGAGUUAAACGAGGUAAGGAAGGUUGACGAAGGUCUAUGUGCUGAAAUACAGGAUGCGGAAAAGUCGAUUGCACUUACAGAAGAGCAGUGUGCAACCUUAACAAAACGUAUCCCUGAAAUAAUGGAGCUCGAGAAAACUGAAAAAGACUUGAUUUUGCAGUUGAAACUUAAGAUUGAGGAUGAAAUGCGGAAGAAUACAAAAUUAAAAGGGAAGCUAAUCGCCCUGCAAGAAGACAUGGAGAGAACUAGACUUCAUGGGGAAGCGGAGGUUUCCUGCAUAGAAGAGCAGCUCCAUUCAAAGCGUAAUGCUUUUGCAGCUCUUCGUAAAGAAAAAAUGGAGUAUGAACAGAAUGUGGAGGACUGCAAGAUAAACAUUUCAGAGAGUGUGAAGGCAGUGAAGCAGAUGCGUGAGGAGAGAAAGCAGAUGCUCCAGAAAAUCAUUGACAAUGACGAGCAGUGGGAAAAGGCCAAGGAAGAAGUGACCCAAGUUGUAGCCCAGCACAGUGUCACCCAGACUAAGCUGGAGGAGCAGGAGCAGCUGACCUUCAUGGAAGAACAGAGGGCCAGGAAAGAGAUUGAGAACCUGAAGAAAAAUCUGACAGGUCAGAUGACUGCACUGGAGCUACUGAAGGGUCAGGUUGCGAACAAAAAGGAAGAAUUGUGUCGACAGCAAAGGAAUUCAGAUAUUACUAACAAAAAACUUCAGAACGAAUUUGAAGAAGCAUCCACAACAACAAAGGAACUGGAGACAAAAAUGGAGAAAAUCAAGACAUUGAUGGACAACUUUGAAAAGACUCAAUGGGAACACUCCAACACUUUAGUCAACCUUAAGAAGAAGAAGAAACUCAAAUGUGACGACCUGAAGGCGGCUCAGGAUUUACACACUGCCACUGUUAAGAGAUAUCACAACACCCUGGGCAGAAUCACUGACCUUACAAAAAAGAUGGAAAAAUACCGGGAUGCUUCGGAGGAAAUGGAGAAAAACGUUGAAGACAUGCCAGAAGUCAUACAAGAACUUCAAAGUGUUUUUGACGUGGUGGAAUUCAAAAACAAAUCAGCUGCGUUCGUAAUGAGCACAUUGCAGUCUGAUAUUAAUAACUGCCAACAACGAACACAGCGAUCCAUGCAGACACACACUGCUCAUGUUACAGCAAGAAGAAAGGAAAUGAAAGACACCAAGGAAGCACUUACAAUUGCCCUAAAGGAGAACAAGCAGCUGGCCACUGAGUUUGAAGAUCUUAAGAAGAUCCUCACGGAGGCCAAACAAGAGGCAGUGUCUGCAUUGAGCGAGAAAAACCAUGCACAUAAAUCUUUUCAUUAUUACACACAGCUCUCUUUGUUGCAGAACAGGAUGCACAAAGCUUUGGUGAAAAACUUCAAACAACGCAGCCUGUACAGCCAGGCUGAACUGGACCGGUGCCAGGCUCUUUCUCAAGACACCGACCAGAAAAUAAAAACAGCCCAGGAGAGGUUGUCAGCAGAAAUUCAGCUCAUCUCCGCGUUCCUGCAGUCCUUGACAGAUGACUCUACUACCACUGAUGAUGCCGGGGUGAACAAACAAGCCGGUCCAGGAUCGAAUGAGUAGAUGCCUUCAGCUCAAACAGCAGUGUAAUUGGACAUUCACCUGUACCAGACAACUUACUUACCCUAGCACGCUUCACUAUACCCCCUUUUUACUUGCAGCGAAUCCAUAACAAUGAAACAGGUGACUUUCAUGCUGCUGUCAGGACUGAUCUAAUUUUAGCUGGGUGAAUGAUUGCAAUUGGCUUUGCCUCAUCAGAUAAUUAAUCUAUGUCACCAUUAAUUGGAAAAGAGAAUAAUUACAGGCAGUGUUGACAGAAAUUCUACGCUUCUCCAGAUUCCAAGAUCUAAUUACAACUAGUGAAACCCUGUGACCUUAACUAGCACUUAGUACACCUUGGUCACCUUGACCAUGUCCAUAUGAGGACCACUGUCUCCUGAAAGACCCUGUUUUUGUUACCGCCCGCUGCACCCCUCCACUCUCCUCACUCUCGGAGAGCUGUCUCCCUCAAUCACUUUUCAAUAUUCAAUCUUAAUUUUGUGGAAGUUUAGCAUUUUCAAUGAGCUGGAGAUGAAUGAUUAAUGAAUAAAUUUAAAUGCUUCAUUUUGUCCAUGGAUCAUUAGUUAAGUCCUUUGUGGGAAGGACCUGAGAAAGGAGUGAAAAUUAUUGAGACAUUAGCCUGAAGCAAUCCAGGGGUAAAUAGUGUGCACAAAAGGAUGUUGUGUGCGCACUAUCCACCGGCUUUCUAAAGAACCCUGGGGAAACACUGUUUUCAAUUUGGAAUCUUAACUCAAUCACAUUUAGUUAUCGUAGAAAAUAGAUUCCUGUUUCAUCAAGUGUCAUACUAAUGGUACACAACACUAGGGCCUGUUCCACGUCGACUUUAAAAGUUAAAGUGGAAAUGUUCCUGGAUAAACAACAAUUUCCUGAAUCUUAUUAAAUAUUUUUGAAUAACAAGAAAUAUAAAAAGAAUAAUAGAGAUAGAUAAUUAUGUUCAUAUCGUUUUUGAAAGAGUGCACAUGCUGUUGAUUUUCCCAAGGUCGAUGCUUUUAGACCGCUCCUAAAAAUGGGUUUGCCCUCUCGUUCUGUCUGAGUGUGGUUGAUAGAGAUGCUGUUGUUGUGUUGAUACGCUGGAUGCCUCUCCUACUCGUGGGGACAGAAGGGGGCAGUGUGAACACAACAACCUUAGAAAGACAUAAUUGACUGCAACGCGGUCCAGACUAGUGUCUUGCCAUAGCAUUUAACCUCAAAUAGGAGGUUCUUAUUAUUUAUUUGACUGAAACAUUAGAAAUACAUUCCUUUAAAAGUGUAAACUAUUUUAUACUUGUAGUCUCUUCUAUGUGCAAAGGUAAUUUCAUCUGUAGCUUUGAAUUUAAACAUAGUAUAUCAAGAUGUUCAAUGGCAUUAAUGCCAAAUCUCAAAUUGACUGCUCGCAUGGUGCCACUAUAUCUCUAAAAGCACCUUGAAGAGAAAAAUGUUCAGUCUGUCUAAUUCCUUUCACAGACUAUAUGCAAUAUCUCAAAU